UUGGGGCGCGGCUGGGGUGCACUUCUCCGGCAGAGGCAGCUCCGGUGGAGCGAGGCGGCGGGUUUGCAGGUGGAGCCGGCUCGCUGGAGCUGGCCGUGCGCCCUGGGAGUGGAGUCUGUCCCUGCCCGUGGCCCUGGCCGGCAUUGUGACAAUCCCCGGGGCGCUGUGAGUCGCUUAAUCUUUGGUGUUCGAAGCGUCGACAUCUGCAGCCGGCCCCCAAAUCUCUGUGAUAGCCUGAAUGUCAAAAACAUUUCCUGUGACGUGUAAGAAUCCCUGAUUGUAGAAGUUCCCCCACAAGCACCGUUGACUCUAAAGGGAAGAAAAGUAUGAGAGAACCUUAUCUGGUUGAGUCUACAAUUUGAAGACCACCACAGCCACCAGAAAACCAAGGAUGGAUCUGCACCAAAGCACUGCCAUUACCUUCCUUGAGAAAUGGUGUUUGGAUAAGUCACUGUCUGGCUGCAGGAGACAUUAUAAUGUCAGGAAAAAACUGAAGUUAAUUCGAAUCUUGGGCCUUCUCAUGGGCCUAGUAGCCAUCAGCACUGUCUCAUUUUCAAUCAGUGCCUUUUCUGAGCCAGAGACACAGAGCACAGAAGAGGUCAUUGGUGCAAGUGGCCCUAGGGCAAUACACGGUUACCGUCAAAGAACCCUCUUAGAUUUAAAUGACAAGAUUCUGGAUUACACUCCACAGCCACCUCUUUCUCAGGAAGGCAAAUCUGAGAAUACUACAGAUCAUGCCCAAGGAGACUACCCAAGAGACAUCUUUUCCCUCGAGGAGAGAAGAAAAGGCGCCAUCAUUCUGCACGUCAUUGGAAUGAUCUACAUGUUCAUAGCCUUAGCCAUUGUCUGUGAUGAGUUCUUUGUUCCUUCUUUGACUGUCAUCACUGAGAAAUUGGGCAUCUCUGACGAUGUGGCUGGAGCCACCUUUAUGGCGGCUGGGGGCUCGGCCCCAGAACUUUUCACGUCUCUUAUAGGGGUAUUUAUUGCUCACAGCAAUGUUGGCAUAGGCACAAUCGUGGGCUCGGCAGUGUUCAAUAUCCUCUUUGUUAUUGGCAUGUGUGCUCUGUUUUCUAGAGAAAUCUUAAACCUGACAUGGUGGCCGCUCUUUCGGGAUGUGUCCUUCUACAUCGUUGACUUGAUCAUGCUGAUCAUAUUUUUCCUGGAUAAUGUUAUCAUGUGGUGGGAAAGCUUGCUUCUCUUAACAGCUUACUUUGGCUAUGUGGUUUUCAUGAAAUUCAACGUCCAAGUAGAAAGAUGGGUGAAGCAAAUGAUAAAUCGCAAUAAAGUCGUCAAGGUGACAGCACCAGAGGCCCAAGCAAAGUCAUCUACAGCCAGGGACAAGGAUGAGCAGGCUCUACCGGCUAAGCCACGUCUCCAACGAGGUGGAAGUUCUGCCUCCCUCCACAACAGUCUCAUGAGGAAUAGCAUCUUCCAGCUCAUGAUUCACACCCUUGACCCACUCGCUGAAGAACUUGGAUCAUAUGGAAAACUAAAAUAUUAUGACACAAUGACUGAAGAAGGGAGGUUCAGAGAAAAGGCAUCUAUUCUCCACAAGAUCGCCAAGAAGAAAUGCCAGGUGGAUGAGAACGAGAGGCAGAAUGGGGCUGCCAAUCACGUGGAAAAAAUCGAGCUCCCCAACAGCACCAGCACAGAGGUUGAAAUGACAACACCCAGUGAUGCUUCAGAACCUGUACAAAAUGGAAAUCUCUCCCACACCAUUGAAGCCGCGGAAGCCCAGACCACAGAGACGGGUGAAGAUGAGGAGGACCAGCCUCUCAGCCUGGCCUGGCCUUCCAACCCCCGCAAGCAAGUCACAUUCCUAAUUGUUUUCCCCAUAGUGUUUCCUCUCUGGAUUACCUUACCCGACGUCCGCAAACCUUCAUCAAGGAAGUUUUUUCCCAUCACGUUCUUUGGCUCCAUCACGUGGAUCGCUGUAUUCUCUUACUUGAUGGUCUGGUGGGCACACCAGGUUGGAGAGACAAUUGGCAUUAGUGAAGAGAUUAUGGGUCUGACCAUCUUGGCUGCUGGGACCUCCAUCCCUGAUCUUAUUACCAGUGUCAUAGUGGCCCGGAAGGGACUUGGGGACAUGGCUGUGUCCAGCUCUGUUGGAAGCAACAUCUUUGACAUCACUGUAGGGCUCCCACUGCCCUGGCUCCUAUACACCAUCAUUCACAGAUUCCAACCAGUGGCUGUCAGCAGCAAUGGCCUCUUCUGUGCCAUCGUCCUCCUCUUCAUCAUGCUGCUCUUCGUCAUCCUCUCCAUUGCCCUCUGCAAAUGGCGGAUGAACAAAGUGCUGGGCUUCAUCAUGUUCGGCCUCUACUUUGUGUUCCUGGUGGUCAGUGUCCUCCUAGAAGACAGAAUUCUUGUGUGCCCUGUCUCCAUCUAAUAGGAAAAGCCAUAUCUUGAACUAACAGCAUGGAUGGUCCCUCCCCGCCCUGGGUUCUAGGCUCCUUGGCCUCUCCAAAAGAGGCUGCUGACACACAGCCAUGGACAUUUCAAAGUGUCCCUCCUUGGCGGAUUUGAGGAUGGAUGGAUUUGCACUGGGCCCACUCAUUUCACAAGCUGCUGCCAACCUUGCCUACUGAAACAGCUUCAUGCAAGAGACCAUGCAAGAGCCGUUCAUUUGGGGCUUCUCUCCAUUCACCACUGACAGGUACUCCUCGCUGGUCGGAGGUACAUUCAUUGUAAUGAUGCAAACAAUGACAAAGGCUCUCUCUAUAUAUACAUACAAAAUAUACAAAUUAUAAAUAGAUGCACAUGAACACACCCCUGCCUGUUCCUGUAUUAUACCUCUCCUUUCAUAUCUAUAGAGUAAUACAUACCUGUAUACAAAAACAAAGAAAAAUUUUAUAUAUAUAUAUAAAAUCAACACACACACAUAUAUAUAAAUACAAAUGCAUCUUUUCAGGGAUAGCUCUAGUAUAUUUAUAGCACCUAUUUGAAGAGGGGCAUCACCUCCAGUCUGAGCUUUAACUCUUAAGUGCAAGAGGUAAACUAAUAGAAUCAUUGCAGUGACCUUCAGCCUACUUUGGACUUAUCAGGAUCCUGCCUGGUAAGGUGGUUAUCUUAGAGAGAUAUGUUGCAGGAGGGAGGGCUUGGUGGAGAGGGUCUGUAGGGACUCUGAGCUGAGACCUCCAAAACAUUCCCACCAGCCAAACAGUGAAGACUAUCUGCCCAUCCUCACCAGGGCACACUGGCCAAAACCCAUGCAGUUACUUGGAACAGACAGAGGUAAAACCCAGACUGUGUGGAUAUUGCUUUGAGGGCAGGAGAGAGGUGACCAGGGUUUGGGUUUUUUGAAGUUUUUUUUAUAUAUUGCCCCAGCAUGCAAGUAGAAAAAUAUAACUGCACACCAGAUUAGUGCUCUUCUAGGACAAUGAGACUAUAUAAACUGAACCUAUAUUGUCCUAAUGCAUGUCCCAUUAUCAUCCAAAAAGGUGGGGGGCAAGUCUAACUGUGAUUGUCUUUUAGGCAUGUUUUGAUGCUAAGGGCUGACAUAUAAUCAAAAUGCCUGCCAAGGGAGCCUGUGGUAUGUAACAAGAAAUAUCAUCCAGUAGAGGGGCUCAGUGGAACUUGCCACCUAAUGAGAACAUAAGGGCAUAGUUCUUUAAAGCACCUUCCAAUGUGGUUCAUAAAGGGCUUCAGUGUCUAAAGAAAUCAUUAUUCCUCCAAUAGAACUAAACUGAUUCUGAUCAAUACUGCUUGGGUUGAGGCAGCUUAGAGAUGUUUGGAAAGGCAUCUAUAUACUCAGCGCACCCGGGAAGGCUUCUGAUUCCAAUGUCUAGUGGUGCCAGGACCAGGAUUUGGCUAAAGCCCAUGCAAAAUCUGUGUCUCUCCUUCCAUCGGGACCCCAAAGAGGACUCUUCUGAGUCUACUGAAAAACCUCUUCACACCUGGCCUCCAGCCAGUCUUUCCAAGGUUUUGAUCUCCUGAUUUUGCUCAGCAUUCUUGUGACAUUUUCAUUUCAUUCCUUCUCCCAAAUUCUGUUUGACGUCUUGUAGGACUUCCCAGAUCUAUGUCAAUAGAAAUUAAAACCAUCAGGGGGAACAAAAGGCGAACUAAAUUGAUGAAAAAAUAGUUUCUCCUCUCCCCAAGUCAUGCUUUCCUUACAGUCAGUUGAAAAAGUAAAUAGAGGAUGGCCCACGAUCCUGUAUCCAUCUUCCAUCUAAGUCAGCACACACCACAUAUGGGGGACAAUACGGUGUGUGUUCUCAUAUCCAGUCUAUCAUGUCCCUAACGCCUGCUGUGAUUCUGUUGUGGGCACAUACCUCCUAACAUAGGGAGACAGGGUGCACAAGUGACAAUUAAAUAGAGGGGAAGGGAGACCUGACAGCCCCAGCUCGAGCUCAGUGGUCCUUCCACAUAACCUCAGCUCACUCCACAAAGCAUGGCAGUAGCAGGCAGUGCCCAUCACAGCUCUUCACCCACAAGCAGAAGGCACAGGAAAUCAAGAUGCGGCCACACAGGAGGCGAGCCCUCCAGUCUCUCCAACUCGGCCAAGUCGGGUUUUCAGUUGUGUGAGAAAAGCCCACGUCAAGGGCAGGAUGUGUUGAGGCAAGAACACACAUCUGUGCUACUUCUUUAGAGCCAAAGAGAAUGCAAGUGAAUUUCUUGCUGAAACCUCUGGCUGUUUUCCCUGCGCAUUACUUAAAGGGGAGCAAACUGGGUUAUUGCGUGAAUAUUAUUGGUGGGUCUGCUGUUUGAAUAGGUGACUGUCACCCCACUAUAGAUAUAUGAAACCAGAAAGGAUGAGGGAGGCCCACUGCACCUCUGUUCUUGUUGCAGCACUUGCUUAUGCUCCCCUGUCUCAUUCUUUCCCCAUCACUCCCAGCUCACAGUGAAGACCCAUCCAAGCAGCCACAGAGCAUUUUACUUGCCUUGGGAGCUCCACUCCAUAGGAAGUAUUGUGGUUAUUAAUGAGAAGCUGUACUUGAGGAGACAGGCCGUCAGAGUCCAUCCCCACCCCGGGGUGUGCUCCGAGCACGAGGUACAGAGCAGUAUUCCCCGGCUGCCUGUUAUGCAGUUGCCUUCCCCUGCCACGGCUUGCCCAGUAUGUGUCUGGGAGGGGAUGUGUUGGGCUAGGGGGAGUCCAGAGAGCAGUGUGUGGAAUGCAACAGUGGACCUUGAAAAGCAUUCAAAUCACUAACAUAAUUUAUAAGAAAGAACUUUCCUGAGCAGCAUCAUCUCUAACACUUCCCCUGCAUGCCCGUGUACAUGCAUAGAUACCUGUAGAUCUUUAUACCAGAUUUCUAGGUACACACACACUUACAGCAUCACCCUUGACCCAGUCACCUUCAGGAUUCAAAAGCAGGGCACAUCAAAUUUGUCAUAAUGAAGGAAAAGAAAAGUCACCCACACUGACAACUGAAGGGACCUCGUAGGUUUUUUUCUGUACAUGUGUACAUACAGGCCUACACAUACGCCCCCACGCCAUAUACCUUCCCACUCCAAGAGUCGAGCUACAGCCUAUGGAAAUGGCCAGCCAUAGCCCUAAUGCUGACAUACAAGCAAAGAAUACACAGCAGAAAAACUUAGACUGUAGAUAUUCUCUGCUUUCUUGUAGCAGGGCAUAUAAAGGAAUAUCAAAAAUUCUAGAACCACCUUCUUAUUUCUCAAUCUAAAAUAAACAAGCCGUGCCCAAGUGGUUCCAUGCAGUCACAGCAAACCAAGCAGGUCUUGCUUGCUGUCACCUUGCCUGCUGUCGCUCAAGGCAGCCUCCGCACAAGAGAGCGACCUGGCCCAAACCAAGAAUGCCUAAAUAGAACCUUCUAAGCUGCAUCUGGAAAUGCCCGUGCUGGGUCCAGCCACCUUCUGAACCUGACUAGUUCCUGCAGAAUUGAAGUUGGAGCUGAGAUGCGUCUAUGCAGUCCUCCAGGACCUAAGCCGAGCCCAACAGGGGCAGAGCAGGAAGAUGCUGUAUAUGUGCACAGACUAGAGGGCAGGCCUAUUCAUCAGUUCAGCAGAUGUAACCGAAUAUCCUAGAGACUUGCCCAGAAGAUUAUCAAAAGAGGCAGGCACGGAUUCAUAUUCAGGGAAAAAUGCUUUGUCAGGCUUCUAACAGGUGCCACCUGACAGGGGCCAGUAUAAUUUAUUUUCUAGGAAAGACAUGAAUCAGGUGGUUUGGAGGCCUUUCAGCAAAACACAGCUGCCUUGCUGAUGAGACAUUUGAUAAUAUUAAUGUACAUCCCUUCCUGGGCAAGGAGAAAGUUGGCAAACUCCCCACCAAUGCUCACAGCUUUUAAAUUCCUCCAUAACAGGAAGAUGGGAGAUGAGCCAUAAAGGGAGCCCCCUCCUUUCCUGGCCACCUUAGCAGAAAACUGACCAAGCAAAUGGCAAAAGUUAGAGCUGCUGGCCAGAGACAAGGUUGGAGAAGAAGCGACGUCUGUUCGAUGCUCUGCUGAGAUCGCCGGGUCGGAAUAAGGGACAGGAGUCUGAUGACCUAUCUGAAUACAAGCAUUUUGCAAAACUUCAAUAUGCCUUCUUCCCUGCCCCUGCCAACACACACACACAGAUGAUGAGGAUGCCAUGCUUCCUCGCACAGGACAGAUUGGUACUACAGUAAUUAAGUGGCCAUAUUAGAAGUGGCAGCUCAAUUCCAGAAGAAAUAAAGGGAAACCGUCCUCAGGGUGAUUUCUGGGGAAAUCAUCUAACUCCUGAAGGCUUGACAUAGAAGCUUAAUGCUCAUUCUUGCUAAGCCAGAUCUCACAUAACCACGUGGCUUAGUAUUUUUAAAAGCCACAUCCUCCGCAAUAUUGUCUUUAAGUAGUAAGGGCUUGGCCAUUAAAAGAGAAUUAGUGGGGGGGAAAAUGAAGCAUAAGGAAAAGGAAGAAAAAAAAUUUAUUCACUUUGAGUCCCAAGAAACCAAGUGUCACAUUGAUACAUAUCCCCAUGUAGUUUAAAACAAUGACAAAUUUCAGGCUUUUCCAACCAAUUAUAAGAACCUGCAUAGGGUCCCAGAUAAAAAUAUCUUCCCCUCUCUAGAAGGCUUUGGGAAGGAAAGGUAAUGUGCCCCCAGCCCACUACUUCAGCUUAGCUCCUCCCUGUCUCUUGGCAUAUCUUUGUUCAUCUCACAGCUUCAUAUUCUUUGAACUAUGUAGCAAACGAGAAAAGCAAUAAAGGACACGCGCACCACUCCAUUUCUUAUGGUUACAACAUCACAACGUUGUUGUUGUUGUUGUUGUUGUUGUUGUUGUUGUUGUUGUUUCACUUCACUGGGAGCUUUGAAACUGCUCAGGUUACGGCCUAUGACCGGCCUCUGACCGCCAGGAGAACGUAGGCAUCUGUAGAAAGCAGAGGAGCGCUCAUGUUCAGGAUGGAAAGUAGCACAUCUUUCCACCCAGACACCCGCCUCCAAACACUGUCUGCGCUGCCACUUUCCAGGCUUUCCGCACCCCUGGGGGACCAGCCUUGCUCAGAACCACUUGCAUUCCACAGUGGUCUUUCAUCUGUCUGGCGAAAGUUUCCUUUAAAAACAGCAAGAGAGAGCUAAAAAUGAUAAGUGGAUCCACAAGUCGGCCAGUUCUUUUAGAGACAAAAAUGACCUUGUAAUUACUGCUGGAGAGAAAACUCUGUUCAAAUUAGUUGUAGAAGGGGCACUGCAUGGAUCCCCAAAUUAUGCCAGAGCACUUUCACUAGAUGAUUGAUUGCUAGACUGGAAAACCUGAAAGAAUUAAAAACAAAAAAAAAAAACAAAAAAACAAAAACAGAUGAAUACCCAAGUCUGAAAGGGUGCCAUAGAAUUUGUGUUGAGUUUGCCAAAGGUUUAAUUCUGUUGAGACAGGUCGUCCAACCUAUCACCCUAAUCAAAAGGACAGUUCUUUUGUAGGUGAGGGGUCCUGGCAUAGGGGUUCCUGAUGGAACCAGGUUUCAUCAAGUAUUAACAACCAGCAGGUUUACCCUAGCCCAACAAGUUGGUGACUUCACCUGUGUCUUUUUGGGGGAUGGAAAAGAACUGGGUCUGGGCACUCUUCACUAUGUGCCUCUCACAUCAUUGGGAGUCCCCACUAUGUGACCCUUUAUCUGUUUUCAUCAAAAGUAUCUUUAGAGCUUUAUUUCAGAGUCCUUUUUUCCUAACCCUCUUAAUUCUUCCAGUUCUUCUCUACUCAGCGUUUUUACCUGCUUUAUGUUACUCCUAAAUUAUAGAACCCUAUGACUCAUCAUGACACAGGUCAGUCUGAACAGGGCUGAAUUACAGUCUCAAACCUAUUGCUUUGCUCCCUUUUGCUGAACUUCUCUGUUGCUCUUACUUUUACAAAGUCACACUACAUUGCUAAUUCACAUUCAUCUUCUGUACCCUAUCACUUCUGAUCUCUUCUCCGAGACAUUUAGCUAAAGCGGGUGCACCUCUCGGCCUGCCCCAGUGCAUUUGAUUCACCAUUUUGCCUACUAUGAGCCACUCUCCACUUGGCCUCUUUGAGUCUCCAUCUGUUUAUUUCUAGGGCCGCUUCCAGUUUUCAAGUCCAGGUUGGACUCAGAGCUUUCUCCCUUUCCAGAUUCUGCUUGCUCUUGGCCAGUCUACUGAGCAUUUGUCCACCACUUCAUUAAUGUGAAUAUUCAAAAACACUGGGCCCCUCCUCCCAAAAAUUUCUGUUUCAUGUCUUUGGCAGUUUCUCAGGGGGAAAAAAUCCCUCCUGAUUGCUACUGCAAUGUGAACAGAGUUCACAUUCAUAAAAGAGUAGAGUCACAGAAAUACCUUUAGAGUUUAGAGCACCAGUAGGCCUUGGUGCAACAGCACUAACAGGCGUUUAUCCAGGGGUGAAAAGUUUGAACACAGGGUGUGGCAUAAUCAUGAGGCCUGGUGAAGUCAAGUUCAUGGGCUUCAUUUUUACUGUCAUAAUUCCACGCUCACAAAGAACUCAGAGUGGGGGAGACACCACUGGAGAUCAUUCAGAAACUCUACUUGCUUUGAUAUACCAAAAGGAAUUCAUGCUUUCACUUACAUAGGAAAUAGGGGAAAUGUUGGUCCUCCUCUUAUCACCCAGUAUUGUAGUGUAUUUCCUUCCUUGGGUACUAGGUUGGAUAGGAAUUGUGUGGCUGUAGAUUGGGUCCUGGCCCAGGAAAGUGGGCUACAGUUCAGCAAAAGCACAGGAAUUUGGUUCUGCAUUCUCACGUAUUGGGCUGCAUGUUCCUUUAUAAUGGAUCCGUAAGUAACAAAGGCCUUGGGACUGACAGUUCUCUUAAACAGUGAAUUACCUGAAAGAGAAUGCUAAUUUUUAAAAUCAUGUCACACACACACACACACACACAAAGGAAUGAGUUAAGUCUGAAUCCCUGAAUUAAAUAAUUUUAAGGAUCAAAUUACAUGCAUGCAGUAUGGAUAGAUAAUUCCUUGCCAUUUAAUUAAAUGAUUCUCCAAUUCUUCUCAUCAGGAUAAAACUGAAGGACAAUGGAUGCCUUUUGGGUUUUUAAUUUUUUAAUAUUGCACUUUAUAGUACUUCAUAAGAGACAAUUGUCUUAAUUAAAGCCAUAAAAUACCAAUAAUACAUAUAUUCAGGGCUUCUGAAUAUAGUCAAUCAAUAAGCAGUCAUGAGUCAUUCCUGUUUUGUAUUGUUUAUUGUAAAUUGGAGUUUAUCUGUUCUGUUUUUUAUUGCAUACAAUUAUUGUUCUAGACAAUCCUAACCUGAUAAACUUUAAAUGUGUACUUUAAUAAAACUCUGCAAAUGAAAGAAAUUAUUCAUUUCACAAAAGCAUUCUUCAUCUUCAAAGUAGCUUGUGACAUAGUUUCUUGAAACAGCAAGUUCUGAUACUAUAUUGAAAGUCUAAAUUAUAGAUCUACUAUUUUUCAGGAAUCCAUUUGUUAUGUAAAGCAAGGUUCACCUAUACAGAGAGUGAAAUGGAUAAUUAGGUAAAUACAUACCUGGGAAACAUAAGGUUUGUUUGAGUUUUUAUAUAUAUAAAUGUGGGAUGGGCCUAAGAAGUUCCCUUAUAAAAAUGGCAAACAUAGAUAUACAAUUUGUCAAUAAUUUCCUGUGCUGAAAUAUAAACCUUCCUUGGGAGGACACGGCAAAUAACAGACAUCAUAACGCAUUUCCUUUCUGCUAAAAUACACAUGUUCUGACCAGUGUGGUAGACUACUUACCUAUACACAGACGUCCCCACAACUAGAAACUUUAAUAUUUCCAUUUAUCAUAAUUUUCUAUGUAAUUUGAGGGAAAGCUAAAAGAAUAACCAAAAAGCACUUAAGAGCCUAGAAAUAUUCACCACAACUGGACCUCUAAAUUCUCAACAUGGAGUAAACAUGGUUAUUAAAUUGAACGACCCCACCAAUUUGAUGCUUAAAUGGCCAUUUACCCUAAGUCAGAGUGUCUAGGCCCAGAGCCAGUGACGUUCUUGUUGGGGACUGUUUUGUGGUCCGAAGAGUUUCUCCAAAGGGCAGAGACUCUAUCCAGAAGAGGGAGCCUCUGUUGACAUACAGCCCUGCUGAACUCUGCACAUAAAGUCCAUAUUUGUGCCCUGCACCUAUCUCAAGUGUGUCUUCUGCUCGAGUCUGAGAAAGUUCGAGAAGCAAGAGCUUUUAUCUCCAAACAAUCUGCAGUCUCAUGGAGCCAUCAAAAAUUGGAGUAGCAAAGCUACCUUCCUGGAUUAAUUAAGUUGCCACUAGCACUAGAGGAAAGAUAAAUUAUACUUUUGUUCUUUGCAUAUUGGUAAAACAGAGAAAAUGUGGUCACCACUGACCCCAACAAAGACUUUUGCCCUAGAACACAUAAACUCUUUUUUGGAGAGAUUAUAUUAACAAUAUCAGAAUGCCAUUUUUGUAAAGGAUCUUUUUAGGGAUAGAUGUCAUCUCGCUCUUCCUUUGUUUGCCUCCAUUUUAAAGAAGCAUUUUAACCCUUCUCUUUACCCCCAGCAAGACUCCAGCUGAUGCACUUCUGAAUUAUUUUUGUCAUUUUCUGUGUGUUUUGUUUAUUACGUGCAAUUUUCACUGGAUGACAGAUGUAUGGAGAUUUCGCGUCAGUUUAUUCUCUGUGAAUAUGUCUGUACAUAGACGGAAAGCUAUAUUUAUUUGUACAUAGGCUGUUUGCAGUAAUGUGUUCUGUCACAUGGACUCCACUUGACAAAGGGCGUUUCCUCACUGUGUUCCUGUUAUGCUUUCCACACCUUUGUGCUUCUCCUGCUGGUAAUCAACUCAUAGAAUAUCACUUUAUGUAACUAAGUCUCCUCGGUGUGAAAAAUAAUAGUAAUAAAAUUACUGACUCAAAAAAC